CGGAUAUUGCAUCAGAGGGGUUUUCGAAGUAUACGGAACAUUUCAGUUGUGGGUGGCAUUCUUAUUUGGUUCUUUUUAAUGUUAAGGUAAAGGGAUUUUUUUGUGGUUUUAAAGAAUAAGGUAUGUGUGUCAAUAACGUAUGAAAGUCAAAAGGAAAGCAUGGCAUAAAUGGAGGCUGUCCGGCAAAGAGUCAGAUUCCAGUCGGCAAACACUUUGGGGUCACUAUGAAAUUUUUUAGCAAAUACGGCAGAAAAACCCUAAGCUUACUACAGAUAGUGCAUCACCGUCUUCAUGAAAUGGCCAGAACUGUCGAAAUGAGCCCAAAUAACCCAAAUUGUCUGCACUGCUCCCAAAUCUGUCAAAUUGUCUACAGUGUACCCAAAGUUUCGCAAAUAAGGCAUUAUAACAGGCAGAAAGUAAGUAACAAGACUAUGAAAAUCUUUAUGUAAAUGAAGCGAAAACACACAGAAAACUCUAGUUGCGUAUCAGCAUCGGCAGUAGCACAGGAAGACCUCAGCGAUGUUAGUGACGACAUCGAAGAUACUUAUAACUCAAAGGUUGCAAGUAUUCAGGACCAGAUAGAUCAAUUAGCUAAUAAAAAGCAUCCAGAAUAUGUUAAAAUUCGUGAAGAGAUUGAAAAUUGGUAUUCAGAAGAAAAACAACGUAUACAAAUUUUACAUGAACAUAAGCUUGAUACAAUUUAUCGUGAGUACACAAAAGAGGCUGAAGCAUGUGAUCGAGAUUGUGAACAUGAAAAACGAAGGAUUCAAACCUAUUUAAUAUCAUUAUGUGAAGAAUUGAAACGACGCUUAGAACAUGAUAAAAAGAAUAUUGAAUUAACUCCUAGCGGAGAUAUCCUUGAAUUCAAACCUGCUCUCACUAGAAAAUUAAGGCGACGUGUUUGUGGUGGUGGUGGUGGUGGAGGUGGAGGUGGUGGAAAUGAUGCAUCUACUUCCAUUCCUGCUAAUUUCACAUAUUGGGGUGAUUUACUACUCUGUGGUUCACGUUGGUCAAUUAAUCCAAGUAUAAAUUCAAAAUCACAAAAAUCUGAAUUAUCAAAUGGUAUACGUAGUCCUGUUACAAAUAAUGAUGAUGAAAAUAUGGAUCCAUUACAAAUCCAAUCAAAUAUUGGAAAUGAGUCUAAAGAGAAUACUUCAAAUGAUAUUGCAAUAAGCACACAUAGUAACACUUAUGAAUCAUCCUCUUGUGUAUCAUCAGCAUCAGCAUCAUUGACGAUUGCUACUGCUGCUGCUGCUGCUGCUACUACUACUACUACUACUGCUACGAACACUUCAUCCUUCAACUCAACUUCCAAAACUAAUAUAUUUGGAAGCUUAGGCUUAAAUCUUUUUGAUGGAAGUUUGUUAUCACAUUUAUUAGUCUUUAUGAAUAGCAAUAGUACAUCAUCUUUUUCUAAUUUCUAUCAAAAUUCAUCCUAUUGUCUAUCUGGUACAUCAGAUAAUGGGAGUAGUGUAAACAAUUAUCUAAAUAAUGGAGUUAAUUCAAUAUGUGGUUCUAGUGGAACUAAUUUCAUUAUACCAUCGAAUGGUACUAAUAAUGGUGUUGGUUUAUCUAAUAGUGUAGGAUUAUCACCAGUUGUUGCAGUUGCAUUCGGUUGUGGAUUAAUACCAUCAUUAAAUAAUAAUUCAUCUAUACGUAAACGACGUCAUCAAAAUAAUAUGCCAAGUGCUCAACUUAAUCUUCUCUUACCUGAACAUGAUAUAUACGCAGAUUUGACAGUGAUUCACAGAGCUUGUUCUAAAGCAUCAAAUGCUUCUAAUUCAUCCAGUGGAACAACAGGUGGUAGUCGGAAACACGCACAUAUGCAUGGCAAUAAUAGUUCUAAUGCAUUUCAAUUGGGUCAUAGCAGCCCAUUAAGUCCUUUGAGUAAAUGUUAUGAAGAUAAUAUAGGCUCAUACAGAAACCAAAAAGAUACUAAUGGACCAGGUAUACUGUCUUCAUUGUCUACUGGAUCACUUGGUUCACCCAAUCCGUACUAUGUUGCUGAUUCGUCAGUGACACGCACUUGUACACGUAGUUCAGCUGGCGGUGGUAAUAAUUCCAAUAGUCAACCGAAUACAUCCUUUUCUGUGUGGAUAGACGAUGGUCGACUUUAUUGUGGACAUAAAUGUUAUCAAAUUGGUGCAUCAGUUAUUUUAGAAGGUCGUGAUGGUUCAAGUCAUAGAUGUACUGGUACUAUAGCUUCAGUUGGUGUACAAGAUAUAGCAAUCAGAAGAAGUUCAGAUCAUGGGAUAUGUCGUGUAACAGUUCAACAAUUGAAACAAGGUAGAUAUAUGUUAUGGCCGAAUAAAUCUGAUUAAAUUCUUUUAAAAAUCAUAGUUUUAUAAUGUAAAAUAAUAAAUGAUAAAUAUCAUAAUACUAAUCAUGUAAAUGUGUAUAUAGUUGUCUGUGUAUGUAUGUGUGUGUGUGUGUGUGUGCGUGUAUGUGGCUGUAUAUGCAUUUUACUCCUUUAAAUUUGUACAGCAAAUUUUUGUUUUUCAUAUAUGAUACAUUUUUAUCAUUAUUUAUCGUUUAUUAGUUCUGUCAUUAUCAUUUAUGAUAUUUUCAACAUAUCAUUGUCAUAUAAUUAUUAUUUUCUGUCUCCUUUGUGUUGUUUUUAUUAUUAUGUAAUAAAUUUGACUGGUUAUAGUAUUUUAUGAGAAAAAAAAAGAUACAGUUUUAUGAUGAAA